AUAAACAUCAGCAGUACUGCUGGUGAGUGGGAGGUGAGCAAUAACAAUAAAAAAUGGGGAAGAUUGUAUUCUUUGAGGAUAAGAACUUCCAAGGUCGUAGUUAUGAGUGCAGCAGCGACUGCCCAGACCUGCACUCCUUCUUCAGCCGCUGUAACUCUAUCAGGGUGGAGAGCGGCUGCUGGGUUCUGUACGAGCGCCCCAACUACGCAGGCUACCAGUACAUCCUGACCCCUGGGGAGUACCCUGACCACCAGCAGUGGAUGGGCUUCAACGACAGCAUCAGAUCCUGUCGCUCUAUCAAAAACGUCUAUGGAAAUUCCUACAAGAUCAGAUGCUAUGACAGGCCAGAUUUUGCUGGCCAUAUGGCAGAGUGGAGUGAGGACUGCCCAUCGGUCCACGAAGCAUUCAAGUUCCGUGAGUUCCACUCUGCUGUGGUGACGGACGGUGCCUGGGCAUUCUACGAGCUGCCCAACUACAGGGGGCGCCAGUACUUCCUGGAGCGCAAAGAGUACCAUAGCUUCACGGACUGGGGCGCCACCUCCCCUGUCGUGGGCUCCUUCCGCAGGAUUACAGAGUUCUAGAACCUUACGACGAGCCCCCCUUUCCAAGAAACCUCUCUGCAGUGCCUUAUGACACCCACCUCUGUGUGAGAGUUUUGCAGUCUAACAAAUAAAACUCUGUCUGAUUCACACACA